AUGUUCAAUUUUAAGUUAUCUCAACAAGUAUUUAAAAAUUCAACUAAAUCUGUAAUUAUGCCAGUUUUGAAAAAACCAUUUUCCACUAGUUCUCCAAAAGGUGAUUUGUUCAAAUUUCAAUCACAAUUACCAAAAUUACCUGUUCCUUCAUUAGAAGAAACAAGUGCAAAAUAUCUUAAAACUGUCGAACCAUUUUUAAAUCAGGAACAAUUAGAAUCAACUAAAGAAAAAGUUGCAGAAUUUGUUAAAGCCGGUGGUGCAGGUGAAAUUUUACAAGCUAGAUUGAAUCAAUUUGCCACUGAUAAAGAUAAUUGGUUAGCUGAAUUCUGGGAUGAUUAUGCUUAUAUGUCUUAUAGAGAUCCUGUUGUUCCAUAUGUUUCCUAUUUCUUUAGUCACAAGGAUGUCAACAAUAUUAUUGGUCAAGAUCAAUUGUUAAAAGCUACUUUGAUUGCUUAUUAUACUACUGAAUUUCAAGAAAAAGUCUUGGAUGAAUCCUUGGCACCAGAAGUCAUCAAAGGUAAUCCAUUCUGUAUGAAUGCUUUCAAGUAUAUGUUUAACAAUUCUAGAGUUCCAGCUGAAGGUUCUGAUAUCACCCAACAUUAUGAUGGUGAAAAGAAUCAAUUCUUCAUUGUUAUUUACAAGAACAAUUUUUACAAAGUUCCAACCCACAAGAAUGGCCAAAGAUUAUCCAAAGGAGAAAUUUACUCUUAUUUACAAGAAAUUAAGAAUGAUUCUACUCCAAAGGGUCUUGGUUUGGGUGCUUUGACUUCAUUGAACAGAGAUGAAUGGUUGAGUGCUUACAACAAUUUGUUGAAAUCGCCAAUUAACCAAGCUUCUUUGGAAUCCAUUUUUGCUUCUAGUUUUGUCAUUGCCUUGGAUUCAAACAAUCCAGUUACUAUUGAAGAAAAAUCCAAGAAUUGUUGGCACGGUGAUGGUCAAAAUAGAUUUUUUGACAAACCUUUGGAAUUUUUUGUUAGCGCUAAUGGUAAUUCAGGUUUCCUUGGUGAACAUUCCAGAAUGGAUGCUACUCCAACUGUUCAAUUGAACAAUACCAUUUACAAACAAAUUAUUGAAACUGAUCCAAAUGAAUUGAUUACUGAAAUUGGUACCUCGUCUCCAAGAUUUGGUAAUGCUGAACUUUUGACCUUUGACAUUAAUCCAACCACUAGAGCUAACAUCAAGGAUGCUAUUGCUAAGUUUGACAAGACUAUUGCUGCUCAUGAUGAAGAAAUUUUCCAACAUUAUGGUUAUGGUAAAGGAUUAAUCAAGAAAUUCAAGGUUUCACCAGAUGCUUAUGUUCAAUUAAUGAUGCAAUUGGCCUAUUUCAAAUACACUGGUAAGAUUAGACCAACUUAUGAAUCUGCUGCUACUAGAAAAUUCUUGAAAGGUAGAACUGAAACUGGUAGAACCGUUUCUAAUGAAUCCAAGAAAUUUGUUGAAACUUGGUCUGAUCCAAAUGCUAGUAAUGCUGACAAAGUUGCUACUUUCCAAGCUGCUGCUAAACAACACGUUUCUUAUUUAUCAGCAGCUGCUGAUGGUAAAGGUGUCGACCGUCAUUUGUUUGGUUUGAAACAAAUGUUGAAACCAGGUGAACCAAUUCCUUCUAUUUUCAGUGAUCCAAUUUUCACUUAUUCUCAAACUUGGUAUAUUUCUUCAUCUCAAGUUCCAUCUGAAUAUUUCCAAUCUUGGGGUUGGUCUCAAGUUAUUGAUGAUGGUUUUGGUUUGGCUUAUUUGAUUAACAAUGAUUGGAUCCAUGUUCACAUCUCCUGUAAGAGAGGUAAUGGAUUACAAUCUGAUCAUUUGAAAUGGUAUUUGGUUGAAAGUGCUAAUGAAAUGAAAGAUAUCUUAACUAAAGGUUUGUUAACUGAAGCUAAACCAAAAUUGUAA